UUAUGGAGCAGCACCACACGGGCUGUGUGAACCUUUGUAGUCUCACGAGCAAUCUACCGGUGAUCUCCUAUCAAAAGCUGACGGAUUUACAUUACCUGAGCAAAGGUGGGUUCGGAAGCGUGUUCAAGGCACAGCAUUCCGAUUGGCGGACCACCGUUGCCAUCAAGUGCCUGAAAAUGGAUUCUCCUGUUGGUGAAAGGGAGAGGAAUUGCCUGCUGGAGGAGGCGGAAGUGCUCCACAAGGCCAGAUUCAACUACAUCAUCCAGAUCUUUGGCGUGUGCAACGAGCCUGAGUUCUUCUGCAUCAUCACCGAGUACAUGAGCAAUGGCUCGCUGGAUCAGCUGCUUCACGAGAAUAACCUUUACCCCCUGCUGGCCUGGUCGUUGAGGCUGCGUGUCCUGUACGAGAUAGCUCUGGGGGUGAACUUCCUACACAACAUGACCCCCCCCCUCCUGCACCACGACCUCAAGACACAGAACAUUCUGCUGGAUGGAGAGUUUCAUAUCAAGAUAGCAGACUUUGGCCUGUCUAAGUGGCGCCAGCUGUCGACCAGUAAAGGCUCGGGAUCCAAGCCACCUGAGAUGGGAGGCACCAUCAUCUACAUGCCCCCAGAGGAGUACGAACCCUCCAAAAACCGCUGUGCAGUCUUCAAACACGACAUCUACAGUUACGCUAUCAUUAUGUGGGAGGUGCUAUCCAGGAGGAUACCAUUUGAAGAGGCAACCAACCCCAUGCAGGUCAUGUUCAGCGUACUGCGUGGGAUACGUCCCGACAUAGGCCUGGACUGUCUACCAGGGGACAUCCCCAGCAGGGAGACACUCAUCAACCUCAUGACCUGCGGCUGGACCGCCAACCCUGACGAACGGCCCUGCUUUCUCAUGUGUGUGAUAGAGCUGGAGCCAAUGCUGAGGAGGUUUGAUGAAAUUGACAUCCUGGAGGCCGUGCUGGAGGUCAAGAAGUCAAAGCUGAUGAGGAGGGCAGGCUGCUACUCUGCCACACCCGUGGCGGGUGAGAAGGGGAGGGAGGAGAAGAUUUUAAACAUUCUGAAGGACAACCCCAGUCCUUGGCAAGGAAGCUCUGGCUCUGGGUCUUACUCCUCCCAGGACACGGACAUCUCCCGACCGAGCUCCCUCACUAGCACCAAUGCCCCACCUUUUAAAGAUGUAUCCCUCACGUCGUUCAUGUCCCACAACCUGGAGCCCCUCAGAAAGCAGACCCUAGAGGACAACCACCUCAACGACUACCCCCAGAGUGCCAGGCCGCUGGAUAACCUCAAUAUUCCCCUCAAACCAGGCCUGCAGGAGACGGAGUGUGUGAUGCACCUGGACAACCUCACCCUGAAGUCACACCCAUACCAACCACAGCCAGAUUUCACUCUGCCAUCAAACCCCCUCGGCUUGGGCCCCAUGGCAUGCUGGAUCGCGGCACGGCGCGAGGAAAUCGUCUCCAAGAUGACAGAGGCCUGCCUGAACCAGAGCCUGGACGCCCUGCUUGCAUGCUCUCUCCUGAUGCGGGAGGACUACGAGCUGGUGGUGAACCGGGCCACGCGCACUGCCAAGGUCCGCCAGCUCCUUGACACCUGCCACCGUCACAGCGAGGACUUCUGCCGAGUGGUGGUCCGCAAACUCAAGGACAACAAGCAACUGGGCCUGCAGCCAUACGCCCCAGAGCUCGGCUCCCUUGUGGCUGCACCAAACACCAGCACACCCCCACUCUCGGUGUCCGACAACAACCCAAAGAAUUACUAGGACAGAACUAGUCCAGAGAAGACCAGAGACCAGAAAGACUAUAAACUGUAAAAGACUUAGCUCAUUGAGCUACUGUAGGUGGUGGAAAAAUACCCUACUGUCUCUUAGUCCUGGGUCAUUUUCAUUAGGCAACACAUGGAAGAAAACUAACUCAAACUGAAUAGACUACCUGAAUGUUUUCCUUUGCACAAUUUUUUUGAAACUUUUUGCUACAGUGUGCCCUAAUGAAUAUGACCCUGGGUUUUUACUGUGAACUUUGACCUUAGCGGGGGAUGGUAAAGCCCAGCUGUCUCUCACAUUGCUCAUGGUGGUACCCACUCACACAGAGCAAAACUGUAUGUUGCUACUGUUCAUCAAACUGUUGAGCAAAAAGACUUGAAGGUAAAACUACCUUUUGAAAAACAAAAUCACAUCAUCUUCAGAAACAUCCCCGUUCUCUAAAAAGCAGAGGAUGGGUUGGGAUUGACAAUCAAAAUCCGUUAGUAUUUAAUCCAGGCUUUGAAUAAUUAUAUAAUUAUAAUUCAUAAAAUUAUAAUUAUAUUAUGGAUUUUAUAUAAUUUGUCUGGUAAAUCAUUUUGUUCUCUCAAAACAUUCCCUUUGUUCUGAGUGAUUGGGGUACAGGCCCUGGAGUCUUGAGUUCUGCUUCUAUGCAUCCUUCUGUUCUCUCCCCUCGGCACGGUUUUAUCCAGAGAAAUAUAUCCAGACAGACUGUAACAUCAUACUCAUCUACAGUAUGGCUCUGGUUGUACUCUUAUUUUCAGUGGACAGUUUAGACUCAUCUGUAGCUCUCCAGGUCCGAUAAGAUACUCGACUGGAGUUCUGCCGUGUUGAGGUUACUGUAGCUCUCCAGGUCCGAUAAGAUACUCGACUGAAGUUCUGCCGUGUUGAGGUCACUGUAGCUCUCCAGGUCCGAUAAGAUACUCGACUGGAAUUCUGCCGUGUUGAGGUUACUGUAGCUCUCCAGGUCCGAUAAGAUACUCGACUGGAGUUCUGCCGUGUUGAGGUUACUGUAGCUCUCCAGGUCCGAUAAGAUACUCGACUGGAGUUCUGCCGUGUUGAGGUUACUGUAGCUCUCCAGGUCCGAUAAGAUACUCGACUGGAAUUCUGCCGUGUUGAGGUUACUGUAACUCUCCAGGUCCGAUAAGAUACUUGACUGGAGUUCUGCCGUGUUGAGGUCACUGUAGCUCUCCAGGUCCGAUAAGAUACUCGACUGGAGUUCUGCCGUGUUGAGGUUACUGUAGCUCUCCAGGUCCGAUAAGAUACUCGACUGGAGUUCUGCCGUGUUGAGGUCACUGUAGCUCUCCAGGUCCGAUAAGAUACUCGACUGGAGUUCUGCCGUGUUGAGGUCACUGUAGCUCUCCAGGUCCGAUAAGAUACUCGACUGGAGUUCUGCCGUGUUGAGGUAACUGUAGCUCUCCAGGUCCGAUAAGAUACUCGACUGGAGUUCUGCCGUGUUGAGGUCACUGUAGUAUCAUUGUAUUUUGGGUAUUUCUUCACCACUGCCUUUCCGAGCCAUGUUUUUAUUUCUCUUGUAGACUGUGCACUUUCUGUUCAUAGGAGCUUUAGUCGACAUAGGAUGGGUCAAAGCUGUUGAGGCCUUAUCUCUUUAUAUGAUAUGUACAUCCCCAUGGAGAAGAAAAAGAAACGCACACCUAUUAAGGUGAGGCGCUGGCUAGCGGAUUCGAAAACUUGAAAAUAAAGGAGAGCCGCACACUCUAGGAGCUCAGAUGCAAAAAUGUAAUAUCCGACAGGGUAUAAUUAUCAGGGUAUAAUCAAACACUGCGAGAUGGCUCGUUUAUAUUGUGUCAAAAGACACACGGGAGUCUGUAAUCAUGGCCAAGAGUGGCCUAAUAUCCAUUGGUUAAUUUUCAAAUAUUAAAAUUGCAUACAAAGAACAGCAUACAAAAAACAAAUGGAUAGCAUACGAUCAUAAAUUAAUUUUAGACUACACAAGCUUACAAACAAUUACAAUGGCAAAGUCACAAUAAUCAGGUCUCAACGUAGACUUUGAUCUGAAGCCAUUAUUGUGACUUUGCCAUUGUAAUUGGCCACACCAGAUACUGACUGUUACUUUUGAUUUUGACCCCCCCCCCCCCCUUUGUUCAGGGACACAUUAUUCCAUUUCUGUUAGUCACGUGUCUGUGGAAUUUGUUCAGUUUAUGUCUCAGUUGUUGAAUCUUAUGUUCAUACAAAUAUUUACACAUGUUAAGUUUGCUGAAAAUAAAUGCAGUUGAAAGUGAGAGGACAUUUCUUUUUUUUGCUGAGUUUAGUAACAUUUCCUACAACAGGAACUAACCCUUAGAGCUGGGGUUGGUUAUCCUGCACUUCAACAAAACCAUUCAGCCUCUGAUUGUGUGUCUGAAGCUAAAGGGGAGUCAGUCAGGCCUGCCCAAGGCCCAGGGUUCCUGUCUGGAAGCUGCUUUCCACUGCGCCUACAGGCCUAGGAUUAUUGCAGUUUAGCUGAAGUUGAGCCCAAAAACACAAUUCCCAUAGAUGGGUUAGCUGACAACAUCACAAAAACGAUGCACACACUGCAAUGGAGCAGAAGUCCAGAUCGCUACUAACAAUGACAAGAAACUGCCAUGUGGGGAAUCGUAAAUGACUCAUUUCAGCUAGUUUCAUAUUGUUCUUGAUACCUUUGUCUGGUUUUGACUUGUUUUAUGUCAAUGCUAAUAUGGAUACAGUUAGCUAGCUAGCUAACCAACAACUGUAACAAUGUAUUUGAGACAAGUGCUCAAAUGUAUUUAUGUUUUCAAUAAACAUUGGAGAUGAAA